GCAUAUGGGCAUGAUCCACAUCCAACCCCAGGAUAUGAUUUGCCUUCCCAGCCCAUGCUAGCUAGCCCCCAGUGCUGCAAGCUUCCUCGGAGCAGUACCCUACCCAUGCCAGCUGGCCCCCAGUGCUGUGAGCUUCCUCAGAGCAGUGCCCUAUCCACGCCAGCUGGCUCCCAGUGCUAUGAGCUUCCUCAGAGCAGUACCCUGCCCAUGCCAGCUAAUCCCCAGUGCUGUGCACUUCCUUGGAGCAGUGCCUGCCCAUGCCAGCUAAUCCCUAGCGCUGAGAUCUUCCUUGGAGCUGUGGCUUUGUUGCCAUGGCUUGGAUUCUGGCCUUGCAGUUUAGCACUGCAGCUCUAACCCAUGUUCCGCUGACCCCACGCUAUCUCUUUGACCCGUUCUCCCUGCUCCUUCUUUCCCCCCGCAGGUAAAUCUUUAACCGGGGCACAGAGCAGCUAACCCAGGGCUCUUCCACCCCAUCUGCAAACACUGCUUCCCCUUUGGAGCAGCGGCCCUGGAUCAUGGCCCAGCAGUCCCUUCACAUGGGGAAAACACACCCCACCCCCUCUGAGGACAGGAGCGCAAGGAAAAGAGGGAGGGGCCAUGCCGGGUCCAGUUCGGUAUCUCCUAGGGGAAGAGAUGGGGGCGGGGAAUAGAACCCACUGACACGUCAGCCAAGGUCAUGGGGAGGGCAAAGCUCUGGAGCAGGUGCCAGGCCUCCCACCGCAAAUCCUUGCGAAAGCCAGCGGUUUGAUCCCAGCCCUCGCUCCUCUGCGGGGAGAGUCUGGGAGUUAUUAGGAGGGAUGAGGUUGGGACAAACCAGUAGGAAUUAGCUUUGGAAAGUUGACAGCACUCGGCUCCCCUGGGGGGCAGCAGGAAUCCACCCCACCCCCCAUCUCUCCCAGCUUCCCCAUCCCUGGGGGGCUGAGUGGGGAAACUGGGCAGCCAGAGCAUCCACUGAGAUUUUGCUCUCCCGAUUCGAGGAGCCGGGCCCCCAGGAGCUCUCCCGAGGCCUCAAGGACUAGACGCCAGCCAUUGGCACGCAGGCUCAACAUGGCCACUGUGUUCUUACUGCCCUGGGCAUGCUUGCUGAGCCUGGCCCUGGUGGCUCGAAGCGCGGCAGACGGGGGCCCAGUUCUCUGGGACCGCCCCUUUGUCACAGUGUGGAACGCCCCGAGCCAGGAGUGCAGCACGAAAUAUCAUGUGCCCCUUGACCUGGGGGUCUUUGACAUGGUGCUGAACCGCAACGAGUCCUUCCUGGGCCAGGAGAUCGCCCUCUUUUACAGCAACACACUGGGCCUCUAUCCACACUACACCCCGGAGGGGAUGGUGGCCCACGGGGGUGUCCCCCAGAAUGGCAGCCUCCAGGCCCACCUCGGCAAGGCGCGGCACGACAUCCAGGCCACCAUCUCGGAGCCAGGCUUCCGGGGCCUGGCGGUGAUCGACUGGGAGAGCUGGCGCCCCGUGUGGGCUCGGAACUGGGAUGCCAUGGAGCUCUAUAAGGAGAAGUCCCAAGAGCUGGUCCAGGAGCGGCACCCCGACUGGCCCCCAGACAGGGUGGCCGAGGAAGCUCAGAAGGAAUUUGAGCAAAGUGCUCGGGCCUUCAUGGAGCAGACCCUGGUGCUUGGCAAGAGCCUGAGGCCUGAGGGCUUCUGGGGUUUCUAUGGCUUCCCCAGCUGCUAUAACUAUGAUUUCAAAGCGGCCAACUACACAGGGGAAUGUCCCGCCGUGGAGCAGCGGCGGAACGAGCAGCUCUGGUGGCUCUGGAACCAAAGCCGGGCGCUCUACCCCAGCAUCUACCUGCCCAAGGAGCUCCGGGUGACAGACCAGGUUGGCAAGUUCGUUCGGCACCGUGUGGCCGAGGCGUUCCGGGUGCAGGGGCAGACGGGGACUGGCAGCCUCUCAGUCCUACCUUACGCCCGUAUCCAGUACGACUUCACAGAGGACUUCCUCUCGCAGGAGGACUUGGUCCACACCAUUGGGGAAAGUGCUUCUCAAGGUGCCUCAGGGGUUGUGCUGUGGGGCAACGAGGAUUACACUCACUCACGGGAGUCCUGCCUGGCACUGAAGAAGUACGUGGACAGGAGCCUGGGCCACUACAUCGUGAACGUGACCAGCAGCGCCACACUGUGCAGUCGCACGGUGUGCUCCAGCCACGGGCGCUGUGUGCGGCGGGCCGGCCAUCCCGGCGCGUUCCUGCACCUCAGCCCCUCCAGCUUCACUGUCCGGAGGCACCGCAGCUGGCCCCACCACCACCUGCAGGGACAACUGGCAAAGCAGGAGCAAGCCAAGCUGGUGGAAGAAUUCAGCUGCCAGUGCUACACUGGCUGGGCAGGGACCCGGUGUGAACAUGAGGGCAACCCAGAGUGACAUCCCUAUAUGCACCCCACAUGGCCCCAUACACCCCACCCCUGACAUACCCACACCCCACAUAUACUCCCCACAUGGCCCCAUGCACCCUACAUUCCCCCAUAUACCCCACCCCUGACACACCUACAGGCCACAUAUACACCCCUACAUGGCCCCAUACACCCCACAUAUACAUCUCCCACAUGGCCCCAUGCAUCCCACAUGGCUCCAUACACCCCACCCCGACACACCCACACCCCACAUAUACACCUCCACGUGGGCCCAUGCACCUUAUGUAACCCCAUACAUCCAACCCCUGAAACAACCCCCACGUGGCCCCAUUGCAUCCACAUGGCCCCCUCACCUUGAAACACGCCCGAACACCAAUAUGGACACAGUCUGGGAUGCAGUUCAUUCCUUUCUGUCAUGUACCCCUCACAUAGUGUAACUCUGUACUUUGUAACAGGAAACAUGCAUGAUAUGCGGAACCCCAUCAUAAACUGACAUGUAAGUGUCAGAUCCAUCCCUAUGCUAAAACCACCUCACCGGGAGGUGCAUACCACGUAUAGCGAUCUCUGUCAUGUCAACAACAGAAAGAGAUUCAUACCUCAUAGCCCGAAAUGUGCGCUGUAACUAGCAGCAUGCAAGGGCUACUGCGGUGUAAGCCUCCUACAUUGAACCAUUCAGCGUGGGGCUGUUAAAUAACCCCCCCACACAUGGGCCCGUGCACCCUAUGUAGCUGUUACCGAAAUAUUGGGUCCACUUAGCUGAGAGCCAAUAACAGCCAGACAGGGAUAAGGAAGAGUUGCUUUAUUCUGCAGAAGAAAGGAGAGCUUUGCACCUUAGUACAAAAACUCUGUCUUACACACAUUUUACAGAUUCUUUAUACACAUUUAGACAAAGGUUCUUGCAGUGUUAACACUUGAUUGGUGGUUGUUAGACCCGUGCUUUUGCUAUCUGGUCAGUGAAAACCGGCUUGGGACCAGCUCCAACUACCUUAAGGCCUUGAAGGGAAGACAGUUGAAAAGUUUAGGCUACUGUGUAUUUGAAGUGUCUGCUUUCCCCUAAUGGCCACUGGUUGACAUAAAGGUUGCUCUGUUAAGGGGGGGUCACUAGUAACUUUUUCAGUCCCCCCUUCGGGCCUGACAAACCCAAAAAUUGUCAGGCCCGUUACGCAAUUUGCGAUUAAGCUGGAGGGACAGAUACUGGGUUUUUUUAUGGACAGCAGAGCUUUUGAUCAUAGCAUUACACAGGCAUUUGGCACAUUGUAUUAUUGUUUAAAUAACACAUAGAAAGAAAAGAAUUUAUUUAACAAUUGUUUGAAAGAGCCCCAUAAACCAUGACCCAAGGUUUGGAAGGAGGUCCUCAAAACUAAAGGUGUGAUUAAGAGAUACAGCAUGGAACAGCAGCAUUCUGUUUAUACAUAGGUUAUUUUGAUAUUUUGUUUUGCUUACUAAUGUAGACUCUUAGUCUACAUUCCAUAUUAUCUACACAAGGUCACAACAACUUUUUACACAGUUUUUUUUCACUUGCCUCACACAUUUUUUGCUUUUACAAAUUUUGCAUUAUUAGGGUUACAGUUAGCCUAACUCUUACUAACGAACUGUUAUGCAUUGCAUCCCCUUCCUGUUAGUUUUUUUUUUGCUUUUAAAACCCCCCCUUUUGUAUACUAGUACAACUAACAUUUUCAAAUUUUUAUUUGCAUUAAGUUUUGGAAUUUAGAUUUUACUUUAGAUGCUUUAACCUAAAGGGUUUUGAUUGGAUGUAAUGACAAUGCAUGAUGAGCAUGGACAUGAAAGGUAUUACUAUUAUUACAUUUUUUACAAUAAUAACAUAAUUUUAAGCUAACUAAUAACAAUACAAGCAAUAACAUUUUCAUAGCAAUACUAUAAUGGGGUUGUUGUACAGCCUUAGUUAUAAAGCACAAUACAUUAUACUUAGUACAUAAAAUAGAUACUUUAUAAACGGUAUGAAAGGCAUACUUUUUAACUUGAUAUAUAUUUUGAAGCAUGUGAAUUUGCCCUUGUACUUCAGAGAUUUUUUGAAUCUCUGGUAACAGUGAAAACAAAUUCUGAAAUUUAUUAAAUACUAAACUAGUUUAAUUAAAGGGUAUUUGGAACUUAAGGGCUACUUGAAAAACUUUAUUUGCAGGCCACUGGUUAACAUAAAGGCUGCUCUGUUAAAGGGGGGUCACUAGUAACUUUCACAUAGCCAAUACACCCCACCCCUGGAACACACCAUACAUAUACACAGCACCAUGCAAAGUGCAAUUCACAAAGACGCACAGCACCUGGCUGAAGUGAUCAUUCCAAAAUAAAAAGAAAUCACAAGCUAGAGCCAUGCAAAGAAUUCACAUGCCAACCUCAAGAGCCGAUUCACACAUGCAGAGCACCCGGCACUGCCACCCAAUCAAAUGGCUUUUUGUUUGCACAAGUGUAAGCAUGUGAUGGCCUCCAUCUUGGCUGAUACCCAGGGGAUUGAACAGGAGACCUCCAGAGUUAACCACAUGAACGACUGCAAGCUUGAGCUGAAGAGUCAAGGCGUCUUAGCAGGGCCUAUACAAGGCUCUCAGCCUGUGUGGAUCAGACCUAUAAUAUCCCCACCCACUGGUGGAUCACAAACGUGCUGGCAUUUUUCAGUUGAUGGUGCACCAUCUGGUAUUUAGGAGUGACAGAGGCGAGGGGGACUGGCUGAAUGGAUUUUGGAAGGAAAUUCCGAGCUGAAGGUGUAGCAGGGAGAGAGCAGGGAGCUACAUGAGAGUGUUGGAAGGGGACACGGUGGGGACACUAAGUUGGGAGGAGAGGUAGUUACGCUUGUGGGUAGGUGUGAUGUUACUGACAUGAACUGUGACUGUACAGAUCGUUGUUGCAACCAAGGUCCUAUAGUUGCACCAAAUCUUGUACAAAGGAGGUCAAGAAGGUGUCUAUGAAAAGGUGGUAAUUUGUUGGUUAUGAUUAUGUUGUCUGUAUGUGUGUAUCUUUUUUGUAUUUGAAGUUAUGAAUAUUGGCUAUGUACUUGUAUCUCAAUGUGUUUGAUUCUAAGUAGCACCAGUGAAGCAUUUGGCCAGCUUAUUGUGAAGAGACUCUUCAGAUUAAGUGCCCAAUCAAGAAACAUGUGAGCAAUGGCUGCUCUACCUGUAAAAAACUGAGUCAUGCAUGGACAUGUGACUUGCCCAUGUGACUGCAAACUCCACCAUGCUGCUGUGAUUUUCCACAGUAAGAACAAAGGGGUUUCCUGCCACAUGGCAGAGGAUAUAAAAGGCCCUGGAAACCCCUCCAUUUUGUCUUCAGUCCUGCUUCUUACCUCUGGAGGAACUUUGCUACAAACUCAAACUCUGAAGAAGGGACUCAAUGACCCAUCCCAGCUGUGGAUGUACUUCAGAGACUUGAUUUGAGCCUGCAGUUUAUUCCAUCGCUGCUACAAGCCUGAACCAAGAACUUUGCCAUUACUGUAUGUAAUUGAUUACUUUGACCAAUUUUAGCUCUCAUCUAUAUUUCUUUCUUUUUAUGAAUAAACCUUUAGAUUUUAGAU